AUGGUGUUGGCUUGGAAAUGUGCGCUUUCAACUUGGAAGCAUUCUUUGUGGGAUGGUCGGGAAUGUGUUUGUGAAACUAGUCCAGUUGAAGUCGAUAAUGAAACACCAAUUCAUGUUCUCAGUAAUACGGCAGAAGAUGAAUCGGUUUGUUGUUCAAAUGCAAAUCUUUUUAAAUUUCCUGCAAUAAACGAGAAAAGCGAUGUUUCAAAGAAAAAUCGCAUCAAGAAUCAGGCUCAUCCCUUAAAAUUGUUAAAAAGCUACCACCAUUCAUUAUCCCAUCAGCGCUUUCGUUCUUCUGUGACAUCAUCCUGUACCUGCCCAUUAUUAUUCAUCCUUUUAUCAUUCGCCUUUUUAUCAGUAUCCGAGUUCUUCUUAGUGGCAGCAAAUGAGUCAAAUUUUUCUGAUACGGUAACGAAAUUGAGAUCCGUUAACAGCAGUAAUAGUGGUCAUCGUAGCAGUAGGAGUAACAGUUAUGGAGCAGGAAAUAGUCAGUCUUCAUCAAAAGCAUUACGCAAAGCGUAUACUAAUCAAUUUGCCGUGCGAAUCAUAGGCGGUGAUAUCAUGGAAGCAGACAAAUUAGCGGCAAAGCAUGGUUUUAUCAAUCUUGGACAAGUUUGUUUCUUUUUUCUCAAAAAUUUCUCAAAAAUUUAA